AUGCUUUAUAAGAAGAAUACCAGCAGACAGAGAAGCCCUAAAAAAUUGAAGAAGAUUAGACUAUGUGAUACAGCGAAGAAACAUGAUGGCAAACAAAACAAUGAAACUAAAAUUAAGUUUAUGAACGAUAAAGGCAAGGUUGAGUUAUCUAGGCUAAAAUAUGACCUGAAUGAGUUAUUCGAUGAUACUCCUAUUUUUGAAGCCCCAUUAAUUGAAUAUGCAGAUAUGAGUCAUCAGAAAUCGUGGAAAGGAGUAGCAGGUAUCAUUCUCUCUCCUUUUGGAAAAUUGAACAAAUACAUUACCCAUAUCAAUUCUAUCAAGACAAAAGAGAGGAAUAUCCAAAGCCCAAAGAAAUAAGUCUAAAAAUAGUAGUGGAUUCGUAAGAAGAAUCUCAAUUAGCAAAAGAAGAUGCCAUGGUAGUAAUUUGAACAUCAGUAUCGCAGCACAAGCGAGAUCUAAGUCAAACAUUGUUCUUACUCGUAAGGGAACAGCUGUGCCAGAAGCCAAGCACUUGGCUCUCUUAAAUCCUUUAAAAGCUAUCAAAGAGAAGAAAAAGAGCAAUUUAAUUGAACUAAAACAAACCUUUGGGGAGAAGGAAAGAUUCAGAGGAAGAUCAAAAAAUAUUUUUGAACUAGGAAAUGAUAUUGACAGCUUGACAGACACUUUGUCAGUCACCAAUCUUUCAAGAUCUGAUAAUAAAGUUUUAAGCAUCCAGAAGAAAAGUAAUUCCAAAUUUAUUUUGAAAUCUCCUGAAAAAGAAAACAAUAGUGAUGAAGAAAGUCCUCAAGUCAGACUGAGAAUAGAUAAUGGCUUUGAAGAAAAACCGUUUAAUUUAAGUAUUAAACAAACAAAAGUAUGUAACAGACUUUCAAGAUCUGUUCUUGAACAAAGAGUUGACUUGAUAAACCCAAAGCAAGCUUCAUACGUUGGAAAGAUUGCAAUAAGAUAUCCAAAAAGAUGAAACCAAAACGGCGUUAGUCAAACUAUCAAGAAAAGAAUUAUGAAUACUAGAGGAGCAGGAAGUGUUAUUUCCAUUCGAAAGCAGUCAAACAAGGAUUUGUAUGUUGACCUCUCUGCAAAGCAUAAGCAAUUUAUGGAUUUAUCAAAUUCUAUCUUUUCUACAGCGAAUACCCCCAUAAUAUCAAUGGCAAGACUUUGAAGUCCUUCUUCAAAAAUAGCUGACCGAAGAAAGAUGCUUCAGAAGGAACUAAUGAAUAUCCAGUCUCAAAUCAGGAAGAAUUUAAAAAUAAACACUUUGGCGCAAAGUAAAUACAGAGAAUGGGAAGAAAAGGCUAUCUCACCCAGAAAGACUUUUGAGAAAAGAGAUGAAAUCAAGCGUGCAAUUUUUAAAAAUAGCAUUGACACAAUGAGGAAGAUGUACCACUCGAAAAUUCAUGAUUUAAAACACAGAGUAAAGCCAGCUAAUAUAUCAUAAGUUCAAGUAACCUUAUUCUACAUCUGAGGAAGAUGCAUAGAGAGGGAACUGAGAAUGAAUGCUAGAUAAGAUUUAUAUAAUCAUUUCUUGGCUUCACUGCAAGUAGAUUCCCUCUCUACUAAGUAUUCCUCCUUCUGUUGGUGUUGGAUUUCAUUCAUUUUACCAGAAAAAUACUCCUUUGUCAGACAAAUUUUACCCGAAUGUUUGUUUUCUAAUACUGAUUUGCUCUAAUUUUAUUCUGUAAUAAAUUCAAUUAUGGGUCGCUUCAUUACUCAAAAAUAUCUAAGAAUGACUAUUCAGCAAUAAUUCUACUGAUAAAAUUUCUCUAAAUCCAGGGCUAACGAAUAAAAUAAGGAAUGUUUUAUAGAAAGGUUCUAGCUUAUAGAAAACCCUUUGAGAGCGCUGAACUAUAGCUAAUUUGAGUUAAAUUUACUCCCUACUUGAUAUUUGGUAGUUUAUUUCUUCUAAUAGUCUCAAGGGAUCAUUC